UUAAACUCAUAUUCACUCACUUCUUCAUCUGAGAAUUAGUAAAAACCCAGAUGGGUCUCAUGGGUUCUCUUCGGAACCAACUAUGGCUCUUGAUCUCAAUCUUAAUACCUCUUCUUAUCUUCCACUUGGUCGUCGCUUCCUCCGAUCUCGACAGCUCUUACUUCGAGGGCGGUCGUUAUCUUAGCUCCAAGGAUUCGACCAAGAAGAAUCGAAGCUCUUCUGGGCGUUUAUUGUUAUCUUUAAAGACAACAGACACGGAAUCUGGUGCUUGGACUAAGGAUUGCUCAGAACAAGUGUUGGAACUCGCGACACGGCCAGAGACUGUUGAGUGGUUGAAGGGGUUGAGGAGAAGGAUUCAUGAGAACCCUGAACUGGCUUUUGAGGAGUUCGAGACGAGUAGGUUAAUUCGGACCGAGUUGGAUCGAUUGCAUAUCGAAUACCGCUUCCCUUUGGCCGAGACAGGCAUCAGGGCUUCUAUUGGUACUGGUGGCCCUCCUUUCGUCGCCAUCAGAGCUGACAUGGAUGCUCUUCCCAUUCAGGAAGCGGUGGAAUGGGAACACAAGAGCAAAGUUCCUGGAAAAAUGCAUGCUUGUGGGCAUGAUGCGCAUGUGGCCAUGUUGAUUGGUGCUGCUAAGAUAUUGAAGAGCCGAGAGCAUCAUCUUAAGGGAACUGUGAUAGUGCUUUUUCAGCCAGCUGAAGAAGCUGGGAAUGGUGCAAAGCGGAUGAUGGCAGAUGGGGCUUUGGAGAAUGUGGAGGCCAUCUUUGCUGUUCAUGUAUCACAUGAGAAUCCAACAGCAACCAUUGGCUCAAGGCCUGGUCCCUUGCUGGCUGGCUGUGGCUUCUUUAGAGCUGUGAUAAGUGGAAAGGGGGGCAAUGCAGGGAGUCCACAUCAGUCUGUUGAUCCUGUUUUGGCUGGCUCUGCUGCCGUAAUCAGCCUACAGAAUAUUGUAUCUCGUGAAGCAAAUCCACUUGACUCACAGGUAGUGUCAGUGGCUUCAUUUAAUGGAGGGGAUAAUCUUGACCAGAUUCCUGGAUCUGUUAUUUUAUCUGGUACCUUCAGGGCUUUCUCCAACUCAAGCUUCUAUCGUCUCCUACAAAGGAUUGAGGAGGUGAUUGUAGAACAGGCUAGUGUCUACAGAUGUUCUGCCACUGUUGACUUCUUUGAGAAGGAAAACCUGAUAUACCCUCCAACAGUGAAUGAUGAACAUAUGUAUGAGCAUGUAAAGAAGGUAGCCAUAGAUUUGGUGGGUCUCAAGAAUUUCAGGGUGGUCGAACCGAUGAUGGGUGCAGAAGACUUCUCCUUCUACUCACAGGCAAUCCCAGCAGCCUUCUUUUACAUUGGUGUGAGGAAUGAAACAUUAGGAUCAACACACUCGGGUCACUCUCCUUAUUUCAUGAUUGAUGAAGACGUUCUUCCCAUUGGUGCUGCAGCUCAUGCUGCAAUUGCUGAAAGGUACCUAAACGAGCAUGGAUGAGAUUGUAUUCCUGAGAAUUGGAAAACAGGUGCUAUUGGUAAGUUGAAUGGACGUGGGAAGAUUAACGAAAGCCAUCACUCACGAAAAAUCUUUUCUAGUUCAGUAACUUCUCUGUGUUUUUUUCCCCUUUAGUUGGGUUGUAGAAGCUUCCUCUGGUUGUAAGUAAAAUGAAGGGAAGGGAAGUGAAAUUGGU